CAAAUAUAUCACAAUUCCUAAGGUCUCUUCCUCUCAUUAAAAAAAUAAACAUCAACAACAAACAACACCAUUGUUUCUUCUCUCCGAAACCCAAAAAUAGGGAAAAAAAAAAAAGAAAGAAAGAAGAAAAAGAGAAUUUAAUAGUCGUAGAAUUUCCUCUCUUAAUCGUUUUGGCUAUCAUCACGAGAAUCCUCCAAAAACAACGAGAAAAAACCUACACAUCUGAAGAACACAGUUUCCUUGUCCCUGCUCGAAAACUAGCUUGCUUAAAAAGACUUGGUUUCUGCUUUUAAUCUUUUACAAUUUAGGGAGUUCAAGAAAGCGACUGUGUUGGAAAUUAUCUUCAAUACCGUGCCUUUGUCUGCAAGUAAUGUGAAUUUACUCGUAAAAUUCUUUUCGGUGGUGAUCUGUUGGAGAGGAAUUCUUUUUGGAGAUAAUCGAAGUUCAAAAGCAUGAUUUGUUGGUGAAACUAAAGAAAAAUAAAAUAAAAUAAAAUAAAAGAGAAAAAGGUUUUUGUUUUGUUUGGCGCAAGAGAUGAAGCGGUCUAGAGAUGAGGUUUACAUCGGCGGCUCUCAACUUAAAAGACCGCUGGUUACUUCUCGAGGAGAAGGCUCUGGGCAACCACAGAUGGUGGGAGGGGUGGGAAGUACGCAGAAACUGACGACAAAUGAUGCGUUGGCAUAUCUCAAAGCUGUUAAAGACAUAUUUCAAGAUAAAAGGGAGAAAUAUGAUGACUUUCUUGAAGUAAUGAAAGACUUCAAGGCUCAAAGAAUUGACACUGCAGGUGUCAUAGCAAGGGUGAAGGAAUUAUUUAAAGGGUAUCGAGACCUAAUUUUGGGUUUCAAUACCUUUUUGCCUAAGGGAUAUGAGAUCACACUCCCACAAGAGGAUGAACCUACCCAAAAGAAGCCAGUGGAGUUCGAAGAAGCUAUUAAUUUUGUGAACAAGAUUAAGACAAGGUUUCAAGGUGAUGACCAUGUCUAUAAGUCAUUUUUAGACAUUUUGAACAUGUAUAGAAAAGAAAACAAGUCUAUCACUGAGGUCUACCAGGAGGUUGCUACUCUUUUCCAAGACCACCCAGAUCUGCUUUUGGAGUUCACUCAUUUUCUGCCCGAUACCUCGGCGACAGCAUCUAAUCAUUAUGCUUCCUCUGGCAGAAACAUACCCCGAGACAGGAUCUCUGCUAUGCCUACAAUGCGUGCAGUGCAUGCUGACAAGAAAGAUAGGACUACAGCUUCACAUGCUGACCGUGACCUCAGUGUGGAACACCCUGAUCCAGAUCACAAUAGAGCUAUGAUGAAAGUAGAAAAAGAGCAAAGGAGACGUGGUGAAAAGGAAAGGGACAAGAGAGAAGACAGAGAUAGGAGAGACCAAGAACAGGAUGAUCGAGACUUUGAAAAUGAUGGCAACAGAGACUUCAACAUGCAGUUUCCGCAUAAACGGAGUGCAAAACCUGCUCGUAAGGGUGAAGACUCAGGUGUUGAACAGUUGCAGCAAGGUGGGGAUGGCGCCACAUAUGAUGAUAAAAAUGCAAUGAAAAGUGUGUAUUAUCAGGAGUUUGCUUUCUGCGAUAAAGUGAAGGAGAAGUUACGAAAUCCUGAACAUUGGCAGGAAUUUUUGAGGUGCCUUCAUCUCUAUAGCAAUGAAGUAAUCUCGCGCACAGAAUUGCAAUCGUUGGUCAAUGAUUUGCUUGAAAGAUACCCAGAUCUGAUGGAUGGAUUCAAUGAGUUUUUGGUGCGAUGUGAGAAGAAUGAGGGAUUGCUUGCUGAUUUUGUUAGUCAAAAGUUAUUGCGGAAUGAAGGCCAGUUACCUAGAUCAGUUAAGAUGGAGGACAGGGAUAGAGAUCAGGAUCGUGAAAGGGAUGAUGGGGUCAAAGAUAGAGACCGUGAAACCCGAGAAAGGGAUAGACUUGAUAAAAGUUCCUUUGGCAAUAAAGAUGCAGGAAGUCAUAAGGUUUCUUCAUUUUCCAGCAAGGAUAAGUACAUGGGAAAGCCCAUUAAUGAACUUGACCUCUCUAACUGUGAACGGUGCACUCCUAGUUAUCGACUGCUUCCAAAGAAUUAUCCGAUACCUUCUGCAAGCCAGAGAACAGACCUUGGUUCUGAAGUUCUCAAUAAUCAUUGGGUUUCUGUCACUUCAGGGAGUGAGGACUACUCUUUCAAACACAUGCGCAAAAACCAGUAUGAAGAAAGCCUAUUUCGAUGCGAAGAUGACAGGUUUGAACUGGAUAUGUUGUUAGAGUCUGUGAACGUAACAACCAAGCGAGUAGAAGAACUAUUAGAAAAGAUUAACAAUAAUACUAUCAAACUAGACAGUCCAAUUCGUAUUGAGGAGCACUUCACAGCUCUGAAUCUUAGGUGCAUUGAACGUUUGUACGGUGACCAUGGACUUGAUGUGAUGGAUGUAUUAAGGAAGAAUGCUCAUCUUGCUUUGCCUGUUAUUUUAACCCGCUUGAAGCAGAAACAAGAAGAAUGGGCAAGAUGUCGUUCUGAUUUUAAUAAAGUUUGGGCUGAAAUUUAUGCCAAGAAUUAUCAUAAAUCGCUUGAUCACCGUAGCUUCUAUUUCAAGCAGCAGGAUUCGAAGAACUUAAGCACCAAAGCUCUAUUGGCUGAGAUCAAAGAAAUCAGUGAGAAGAAGCGCAAAGAAGAUGAUGUGCUUCUUGCUAUUGCUGCUGGAAACAGGCGACCUAUUAUUCCAAAUUUGGAGUUUGAGUACUGUGAUCCUGAAAUUCAUGAAGAUCUAUAUCAGCUCAUAAAAUAUUCCUGUGGAGAAAUGUGUACAACUGAACAGUUGGAUAAAAUAAUGAAAAUAUGGACCACUUUCUUGGAACCGAUGCUUGGUGUUCCUUCCCGUCCUCAUGGAGCUGAGGACACUGAAGAUGUUGUGAAGGCUAAGAACAACAAUGUCAAAAAUGGUAGUGCUAUUGUUGGUGAGAGCGAAGGGAGCCCUGGUGGAGGUGCUGUUGCCAUGAAUUCCAAACAUACAAAUCCUUCCAGAAAUGGUGAUGAAAGUAUUCCACCUGAGCAAUCAAGUUCUUGUAGGUCUUGGUUGCUGAAUGGAGAUAAUGGCAUCAAACAAGAUGGUUCUGCUAAUACGGAUCGUGUUGAUCACAAGAAUGAUUCCUCCUGUGAUGCUACUCAUCAAGAUAGAAUGCAGCAGGUUAAUCCAGCUAACGGUGAUGAAAUAUCAGUGGUCAGCAAGCAAGCCAGUUCUAGUGAACGAUUGGUCAAUCCAAAUGCAUCUCUCGUUGCUGGAGUGGAGCAAAGCAAUGGAAGAACUAACAUAGAGAGUAUUUCAGGUCUUAGUGCUAAUCCUUCCAGACCUGGUAAUGCUGCCAUUGAGGGUGGACUUGAGUUGAAGUCAAGUAAUGAAAAUUUACCUUCAUCUGAGGGUGGCGAUUGUUCUAGACCAGUCUUAUCUGGAAAUGGGAUGGUGACUGAAGGCAUUAAAAGUCACAGAUAUAAUGAAGAAUCAGCUGGGCAACUUAAAGUUGAAAGGGAAGAAGGUGAGUUAUCCCCAAAUGGGGAUUUUGAGGAAGACAAUUUUGCUGAUUAUGGAGAAGCUGGUCUGGAGACUGCCCAUAAGGUGAAAGAUGGUGCAGCAAACAGACAGUACCAGAGACAUGGAGAGGAAGAAGUGUGCUGUGGAGAGGCUGGGGGAGAGAAUGAUGCUGAUGCUGAUGAUGAAGGUGAGGAAAGUGCUCAGAGGACAUCAGAGGAUAGUGAGAAUGCUUCUGAGAAUGGUGAGGUUUCUGGAAGUGAUUCUGGUGAAGGUGACUCGAGGGAGGAUCAAGAGGAAGAUAUAGACCAUGACGAACAUGAUAAUAAAGCAGAGAGUGAAGGCGAGGCUGAAGGGAUGGCUGAUGCUCAUGAUGUGGAAGGAGACGGAACAUUAUUACCAUUUUCAGAACGUUUUCUACUAACUGUAAAGCCCCUUGCAAAGCAUGUCCCUUCAGCAUUACAUGAGAAAGAGAAGGGUUCACGGGUUUUUUAUGGAAAUGACUCAUUUUAUGUGCUUUUUAGGCUUCACCAAACAUUGUACGAGAGAAUACAAUCAGCAAAGUUUAAUUCAUCAUCUGCAGAUAGGAAAUGGAGGGCUUCAAGUGAUCCAAGUCCUACUGAUCUCUAUGCCCGGUUCAUGAGUGCACUUUACAAUUUACUUGAUGGCUCUUCUGAUAAUACAAAAUUUGAGGAUGAUUGCCGAGCUAUAAUUGGAACUCAGUCAUAUGUUCUAUUCACGCUGGAUAAGUUGAUAUAUAAACUUGUCAAACAGCUUCAAACCGUUGCAAGUGAUGAAAUGGACAAUAAGCUUCUUCAGCUCUAUGCGUAUGAGAAAUCAAGAAAAUCUGGAAGAUUUGUUGACGUUGUUUAUCAUGAAAAUGCCCGAGUUCUCCUUCAUGAUGAGAAUAUAUAUCGUAUUGAAUGUUCAUCUGCACCAACUCGCCUUUCCAUUCAGCUUAUGGACUAUGGGCAUGAUAAGCCUGAAGUGACAGCUGUUUCCAUGGACCCUAAUUUUGCAGCAUAUUUGCACAAUGACUUUCUUUUGGUUGUUCCUGAGGAAAAAGAGAAGCCUGGGAUUUUCUUGAAGAGGAAUAUACGCAAAUGUGUAGGUGGUGAUGAGCUUUCUUCAACAUCCCAGGUGACGGAAGGACUUAAAAUAGUUAAUGGUUUGGAGUGCAAGAUUGCUUGCAAUUCUUCCAAGGUCUCGUAUGUUUUAGAUACAGAAGAUUUUUUGUUUCGGAUGAGACGGCAGCCGGCCUCACAUCAAAACAGCCCAUGCCAUAACCGGGCAAAUGUUUCAAAUGGUGGUUCAAUUAAGCUACAACGGCAACAGCGAUUUCAGAGAUUGCUACUGGCGUAUACUUUAAUGGCUUAAGUAGAUAUGAUUUUCUUUGCUUUUCAGUUGGAUAUGGGAAUGCAUUACAUACACGGGCGCUGGGGAUGAAAGAGUUGACAGUGCCACAAGUGGAAAACCUUUUUGAAACCAUCUACAAUGUACCAUCAUAUAAUUUCUAUCACUCACCAACCAAAUAAGAAGGUAUUGAGGAAAAAGGGAUGAGGCUCAAUCAAAAGAUUGUAGUUAUAUCUUGUAAGUUGGUGGUAUUUGGGCCACUGUCGUGUACAUAGAGAGGUAAUAUCUGCUGUAAAACCUGAGAUAUAUGUUCAAUCCAUUCAUCUAAUAUUUUUUUUUUCC